UCCAUCAGCUGGCUCCCUCCGACCAACGACGACGACGACGAGUCUGCCGGAGAUAAGCAAUUUGGUGUAGUUGAUAAUUUGUGGCAUCAUUACUUCGCGCCCAUGGACAUUGAGGUGAAGGGAAAGUGAUUCAAGUCGUAUUAGUCGGACAUUCGUUGCUUGAUUGGCUACGCGCUUCGGACACGAUUCGAAACGAGAUCCGAAUAAUUGUGCUCGUCCAUUUAGUGUACUGGCAGAAGGUAAACAGAUUAAGUGCAAGGAAAAUUGUUUGUUCAACAGGGUAAAUUGAGCAAAAAGGAGGAAAUAAUAAGUGCCGUGAAGCUAAUAUAGAAGGAAAGCUGAUGUUGUGUUGAUCCAAGAAGACCUAAAGUAGUGCGGAAGAAAGGCUAAAGUGCAUAUCGCCAUCGCGUGGGUGUAGAAGCAUUGGAGAGCAUCUGUUGGUCUUGUGCGUGUAUAUUUGCCAAGUGCAGUUAAAGCAAUAGUGCUGGAAGAUAGUUGUCGGAAGUGGCAAGUUUCAACGUGGAUCUAAUUACCUGUUGUCAGCUGAAGUAUAUAGUGUCACUCGUAUACACACCGUUCGUUGGGCGUGAAACUGAAAGUCCUGGAUUAGCAGCGACUAAGUGUUUGCAUUGUGUGAGCGGGCAAUAGUGUCACCUGGACAGACGGACGAUGAGUGCUGAAGAACGACGAGCCUCUUUCGCCAGACGGGCGGAAAGCUUGAUCGAGCGGGUGAGAAUACUGAAAACGAUUUAUGAGAGAUAUGCAGUCAAAACAGAGAAGAGUGGAGAACUUAUAGUCACAGUUCAGGGAGACUUGUCGCAACAGGAGAAACGCGCCGUUUUCCUUACCGUUCACGACCUGGGUUGCAAUCAUGCAUCCUUCGAGGACUUUGUGAACAGUGCUUGUAUGAUUGAGAUCAAAGAGCGCUCAUGUUUCAUUCAUGUUGACGUUCCUGGACACGCUGAUAAUGCUCCCAAUCUGUCGGAGAACUUCCAAUUUCCACCGCUGCAGCUGCUGGGCGAGGAAUUGGUCACCGUGCUGGACUUCCUGCACGUCAAGUAUGUCAUCGGAUUGGGAGAAGGUGCAGGUGCAAACGUCCUGGCCCGAUUCGGUUUAGCCCAUCCGUCGCGCUGUCUUGGCCUAAUCCUGAUCAACGUCACCGGUUCGCCGGCUUCCGUUAUCGAAGCAUUCAAGACCAAAUUCAUCAGCUGGAAGGGAGACGAAAUCGGCCAGUCCGCCGAGGACUUCCUUCUGUACCACAAGUUUGGCUAUCAACUGGUUGGUGACAAUCCGGACAAGGAGAAAAUCGUAGCCGAGUUCCAGAGCCGACUCCACGACUCACUGAACAACAAGAAUCUGAAGCAAUAUGUUAAAGCAUUUCAAAACCGUGAGAACUUGUGUUUGAAAAACUGUAAGAUUGAUCUACUGUUGAUCACCGGUGUCAUGAGCCCGUACGCCGGGGUUGUCGAAAAGAUGUUCAGAGACCUGAACAAGGAGAAGGUCACUCUGCUGAAGGUCGAGCGUGCUGGUGACGUUCUGGCGGAUGCUCCCGCCAAAGUGGCUCAGUCGAUUUUGCUCUUCUGCAAGGGCCAAGGUCUGCUGACUUCGGUUGUCUUGCCCGGAGUGGACCGCAACAGGGCGUUCUCAACCAGCUCGGGUGGUUCAAGUGAUGGAACCCCAGGCGGACGACGCCUAUCCCGUGGAAUGUCCAUGGAAGACUACGAUAAGCCCAACAUCAGACGGCUCAGCAUUACCAUCAAUGAACAACUACCACCGAUCAAGAAGUAAACCGGUGGAGCAUUGAUCAAAAUUGUAGUGACUAUUUCUACCUUGAUUAACAAGUAUAUUUUAUCGAGAAAAGAGAACGAGCAGUUGGAGGGAAUAAAGUAAACAAACACAAAUAUACAUGCAAAUUACACGUACCCACAUGCAGGUAAAAGCCACAAACAACACUCUGAUAUCAACUUUUAUAGAUGUACGUAUUUUUUUAUCAAGCCGGUAAAUGUAACAACAAUGAAGUACACCGUAGACACAGUUCAUAUAACCAAACAACAAACUAGUUCGAGUAAAGUAAUAUUAAAGGGAAAACCUGUAAACCGACUAUUCUAAAGCUAAGCAAGAAAACAGUAUAAAUAUACACUCUUUGAAAUGAAACAGCAGAGUAACUUUUGUAACAGCCACUCAUCAUCGCCCCCAAAAAUCCAGAGUCUACCAAAAAUGAAACACAACAAACUUAAAGCAGCCUGAAACUAAUCCCACGAAGCCCAACAACACAAACGAAAAACAUUAAAACUUUAUUCGAUUAGGAUUUAUUUUUUGAUUAUCAGAGUCUAUAUACCAUCUUCUUAUACCAACUACUGAUGAAGUAAAUUUGAAAAA